CCGGUUACUUCUCCAACCACUCUGAUUGACCGGGCUCCUUGUGAAUGGGGGAUGUGAGAGUGGAUGAGGAGGAGGAUGGGAGGAAGGGAGGAGAGACGCCCAGGACCUUAGAGCCCUUUCUACUCCUUGAACAUGAGCCAUCAUGGGUGACGAGAAGGAGCUGUUUCCAGAGGCAUGAAGAAAGGCCAUAGGGAAUUUUCUCCCUCGCGCGCGUCCCGGUCUGUUCCUUCCCGGCAUCCCUAACCUGACCUCUGGUGCCCCAGGCCCACCUGUCCCUGGGAUCCAGGGCCACCCAGGGAGGCGGGGAGGCGCAGGCCAGGGGCGGGCGGGGGGAGGGGCGCCGCGACAGCCCAGCCGGGCUUUGGGGAACCUUGCGAGAGGAAGUGGCUUCCGACUCCUCUGCGCGCAGGGCGAGGGGCAGGAAAGGCGCGGGCAGGCGGGGGAGGUGUCGAGAUGGCGUUCUGCGCGCGGGGCGGAGGGGACGAAACCGCAGAUGCCGAGUGAGCUGGGGAGCGCCGCGCGCGAGGCGGGCGCCCACGUCCCACCCGGGAGCUUGCAGCCCGGGCGGCACGCGGAGAAGGGCGCAGGUUACCCCCACACCCGAGCCGCUCGGGGCCCAGCCUGAGAGCCCAGGCGGCGGGUGCCGGCUGCGCCUGGUCGGGUGACAGCCCCCACCCCCCCCAGCCCGCUGCGGGGCUGGGAGCUCACGCCGGUGGAUCUUGGGGCGGGGAUCCCCUACUCCCUCGGCCGCCGCAGGAGCCCGGCCGGUGACACGCGCCCUGUGCCUCGCGGGGCCCCGGGCUAGAUGACGGUGGACAGCAGCAUGAGUAGUGGGUACUGCAGCCUGGAGGAGGAACUGGAGGAUUGCUUCUUCACUGCCAAGACCACCUUCUUCAGAAAUGUGCAGAGCAAACAUCCUUCCAAGAAUGUCUGUAAACCAGCUGAGGAGGCCACGCAGCAGCCGCCCACACUGCAGGAGAUCAAGCAGAAGAUUGACAGCUACAACACCCGGGAGAAGAACUGUCUGGGCAUGAAGCUGAGUGAAGAUGGCACCUACACGGGUUUCAUCAAAGUGCAUUUGAAACUCCGGCGGCCGGUGACGGUGCCUGCUGGCAUCCGGCCCCAGUCCAUCUAUGACGCCAUCAAGGAAGUGGACCUGGCGGCCACCACAGACAAGAGGACGUCCUUCUACCUGCCGCUCGAUGCCAUCAAGCAGCUACACAUCAGCAGCACCACCACGGUCAGCGAGGUCAUCCAGGGGCUGCUCAAGAAGUUCAUGGUUGUGGACAAUCCCCAGAAGUUUGCACUUUUUAAGCGGAUACACAAGGACGGGCAAGUGCUCUUCCAGAAACUCUCUAUUGCCGAUUGCCCUCUCUACCUGCGCUUGCUCGCCGGGCCUGACAAUGAUGUCCUCAGCUUCGUGCUCAAGGAGAAUGAAACUGGAGAGGUGGAGUGGGAUGCCUUCUCCAUCCCCGAGCUCCAGAACUUCCUAACGAUCCUGGAAAAGGAGGAGCAGGACAAAAUCCAACAAGUGCAGAAGAAGUAUGACAAGUUUAGGCAGAAACUGGAGGAGGCCUUAAGAGAAUCCCAAGGCAAACCUGGCUAACCGGUCCUGCUUCCUUUUCUUCUGGUGCCCUGGAUUUCUUUUUAUUAUUAAUUAUUAUUUUGCAACAGACACUUUUUCUCAGGACACCUGUGGCGGGUGCAUCUGUGCCCCCCUCCCGCUCCGGGCAGUUCCAGAUGUGGCACGAAAUCUCUGAGGGACAUGCGUGCUCGCCGGCUGGGCCCCACCUGCCACACGCUGCCAAGGAGCGGGACCCCGGCUGGGGGAGAAGAGCCUCAGACCUCAGUGCGGUCCUCGAGCUCUUUGUAAGCCAACCAGCUGCCUCUCUCAUCACCAAACUGGAACUGUUUGCACUAGCCGGCAAAGGAAAGAAGAAAGGUUUUAGAGCUGUAUGUUCUUUCUCUGGCUUUCAUUCUUCCUCAAUCUCUUAUUUGCCACUCAUAGACCUUUAUUUAUGAGUCAAAAAUUAUAGUAUAUUCCUUGAGCAGGUCUGGGCUAAGCCCCCGAAAGUAAGAUAAUGCUCGUAAGAGGAUUGCCCCUCACUGUCCCAAGGUGCCCGUUGUUCAUGCUCGAGGGAAGGUCGUAAAGCCACUGGCCCCAGAUGCUCAGGUAGGAAGUCCCAAAGCUGAGGCCGGCUCAGAGAUUUCCAGAGAAGCUGCAGCCUGCCUCAGCCCUCAUCGCUCAAGUCUGCACCCAUGGAAACCCAAAGGCAUAUCUAUUUGCGUGUGUGUGAUGCCUCGUCACGUCUUUGUCAACAAGUGUUUGUUUUUGAGUUACAACUUGGAGUUUCAUAUUGCCUUCAUCCUCAUGUGUUUCCACAAAGGGAAACCAGUCAUUUACCAAUUUUAAUGUCUCCUGCUGAGUACGGAAAUCAGGCAGUCGGAGAAAGCCAAAAAGCGUUGCAGAGAAAUGUGUCCAACUUGUCCUCGGCCUUCCCCCAGCUGGAGAGCCGGGGAGGGCUUGGCUGCCCUGCUUUUCCCACUCGGCCUUCCGCACUGCCUCUUCCCUCCCCUGGGGCAUGCUGGGGUCUCCAGGUGCUGCUGGAGGAGCUGCCUUGAGGACAGAUGGGGGAACCUCCCAACUCAGCCCACGUGGAGUCCUUUGUGCUCUGAAGCCCAGGCCAGCCCAAGGCGUUGUGCUCUGUGAGCUUGCGGGCUGGCCUCCGGCUGAUCUCAGUGCCUUUUUGUUUUCAGAGAGACAGGAGCAGGGUGUACUUGCUUUGCUGCCGGCUUGCUCCUGCCAGGAAGGGGACAGCGGUGGUGCGGGAGGCAAGGCCAGGAGAGCCCUCCCGCCGAGAACGGGGCAAGAGUCACAGACCUCCUUCCCCUCUAAGGUCUUGGGCUUUGACUCCCAUGACGUGAUGUUAAACCACAUGGAUGGGGUGGAUGAGGUCCCCAACCUACAUCUGUACCGGCUCUUGUUCAGGUGCAAAAUGAAAAGUAAACUAGCCAAGCAACUGAAGCAAGUGGCCAGGCUGCAGACAGUCCCUUGAGACGGAGGAGGACUUUUCACGGUCAGAGCAGGGCCGGCUUUCCAGUCCAGCCUUGGAGAGAUCCCUUCUUCACUCUCCUCUGCCUUCCCAGGUCCUUCUUGGGUUGGGUCGAGCCCCAGCUUCUUCGUGUAGCCUCAGAAGUCCCUUCCCUGACCCUUGCUGUGUCCACGCUGCCCCCAAUCCCAGAAGGAAUGCUGACCCUGAGUCCCACAAACCGUGUGUAGUCUUCAGAGCUGCAAAAGCAGGACAAGCUAGCAGCUCAAAGAGUGUUUAGGUUCCCCAGAACCCUGGUUCUCUGCCAUCUCAUGCUCAGCCUUAUUGCUUCCCUCCCUGAAAAAAACUCUCUCUCCCUGCUGAGUAUUAAAGGGAGCGGGUAGAGAGUCCUUUUCCUUCAUGCUGCAUGUCUUUAACAUUAAAGGAAGGCACGGCUCCUGCUGCAGCCACCGUGAAUGCUGCUGAGAACCUCCCUCUGAUGGGGGCGGCUAUUUUAUUUUUGAGAAGGAAAAUAAAGUCAUGUAUAUAUAUACAUAAAGGCAUAUAGCUAUAUAUAAAGAGAUAGGGGUGUUUAUGAAAUGAGAAAUUCUGGGAAAAUUCUGACUUUAUCUAAAGCACAGUUAGACCCAGGACCCAUGCUGAGGUCCGAGCCUCGGCGAACAGUCUGUAUAAAGUAUCCCUUCCCCCAGAGGUGGGUAUGACUGCUGGUAGUGCCUUCUAUCCUUGUGUUGGCCCUGUGUGUAUGUGUUUGUUUUGAGGAUAUUUUCCUUUUAAAUGUCUUUCUUAUAUGGAUUUUAAAAAAAAGUAAUAAAAGCUUGUUGCAAAAAUGA